AUGGCACCUGACGCUGGCGUAUGGCAACUGAGACUCCGUUCUCUGCUGUUGGCCGCGACUGUCGGGACUCAGAAAGCCUUUGCCCAGGAGUGCGCCUAUGCGGGUGGAUGGGCUCUGCGGAAUGACAGAUCGUGUCCUCCGACCGCCCCAGUCGAAUGCGGUACAGGCGCGCAGCCUCGAUGUUGCCCGUCUGGCUUCAAGUGUACGGGGGACGGCGACUAUUGCCCUGAUUCAACAUGGAGUCUUUGGGGCGUCAACGGGAAACUAGACAACGGCGGAUGGUGCUGUCAGUCCGGUCAGAACGGCACGUACCGGGAAGACUUGAACGGUAUCGCUCUUCUUUGCACUCCCUCGACAGCUACAUCUCUACCUCAGAGUCACUUCUGGGGCGAAGCAAUCAGUACUGCGUCAUGCUCCACGACUUCAACAACUACGACGACAGCCUCGACGACAGCCACCGCAACUGGAACCGGCGCCGACACGACGCUCGUCUCCACGACGAACGCUGCGCCCACUGCGAGCUCGAACCCCGCAGAGUCCACAGUUGCCACGGAACCAGAGACCGCCGGAUCGGGUUCCAUAUCUACCGGCGCCAUAGCUGGUGCCGCCGUAGGUGGCGUGGCUGGCGGUGCCUUACUUGCCGCAGCCAUAUUUUUCCUGUGGAGGAGGAAGAGGAGACAAUCUGCUGCUGGAAGCCCGGAAUCGACUGCUACAACGGUCGCCACAGGAGGAGGAUCGCCAGGAUGGGCAUACGAAGAGCAGAACGCCAAGUUUGGGCACGGCCACAGCGAACUUGCGGCCCCGGGGCCCCGCUUCGAGAUGGAAUCGACAGCGCAUCAGGCAUAUGAACUGGACGCCUCUGGGCAGGCCAGCCACGAGCUGGAUUCGGCCAACACGAGUACGAGACCGACGCAGAGAGAGGACGCAAAAUUCCGUUAG